AAAAGAAAAAUCAUGGAGAUGUGGACAAGAAGAUUACAGGGAAAAGUUCACGCAAGAAUACUGCUUGAUUUUUGCCUCUGUGUCCACUUGAUGGAUCUUCGAAAACAUGUUUUAUACUUCGUUUGGUUCAGAUUGUGAUAGUGAUAGUGAUAGUGAUUCUAUUUUUUGUUCGACUUCGUUCAGGAAAGCUCCCGAAAUUUGCUGAUCUUUGUGCGAUCAUUUUCCUCUCUGCACUGAAAAAAUUGUUGCAACCUAAAAUUCGAGCAGGAAGUUAAGGGAAAACUAUGCAUACUACGAUCAGUUUUUCUAGGAUGAAAUUGAUUCAGUGGUAUGGAAUUCUAUUUAAGAACCAAUUGUCCAGAAUUUGCGUUGGGAAAACUUUAAUCUAGAUCAGAUCCUUUAGGCGCUGUGAUUGCUUCAAAGAUGGGCACGUCUGAAGCUCUGCAGAUCUUUUCAGGGGUCAUACCUCGUGCUUUAUGUUCAAAGCCCUAUUUGAACAAUUUGGACUCCACAUUUUCUUUUAAAUCACAAGUAAAAUUUGCGGAAAAAAGAGUCCUGAGAUAUAUGCAUUUGUCAAAAUGCUCAAGUAGGAUAUUACAAGAGAUAGAAACAGGCUUUAGUGGGAAAACGAAAGGUAAUCAUCGUCUGUUAUACAGAUGCAAAUGCCAACAAGCAGAAAGUGCUAGUGGUAUGAUUCCAGAAGGUGGAAAUGGAGCAUGGUUCAAGGAUGGUGCAAAGAUACCAAAGUCGAUCACCAGCAUUCAGAAUGGAUCAAAUGCUUCGGAGUUUCAAGAUGUUCAGUUUGCAAAUCAGGAAAUCAAGAGCUCAGUAUCUAAUGAUACAAAUGGAGAAGUUAGAGAUUCAUUUCAAAAGAUUAGUAUUGAAUCCAUUGAGGAUGAGGCAUGGGACUUGCUUCGUGAAUCCAUUGUUUAUUACUGUGGCAGCCCAGUUGGAACGAUUGCAGCAAGGGACCCUACUUGCUCUAAUUCACUGAAUUAUGAUCAGGUCUUUAUACGUGAUUUUAUACCUUCUGGUAUAGCUUUUUUAUUGAAGGGAGAGUACGAUAUUGUUCGCAAUUUUAUCCUCCACACGCUUCAGUUGCAGAGCUGGGAGAAAACUAUGGACUGUCACAGUCCUGGUCAAGGAUUAAUGCCUGCUAGUUUCAAAGUCCGAAUAGUUCCUUUAGAUGGUGACGACUCUGCGACAGAAGAGGUUUUGGAUCCAGACUUUGGGGAGGCAGCAAUUGGCCGUGUUGCACCUGUCGACUCAGGAUUGUGGUGGAUAAUUUUAUUGCGUGCAUAUGGGAAAUGCUCUGGCGAUCCCUCAGUCCAGGAGAGAGUUGAUGUUCAAACUGGGAUCAAAAUGAUCUUGAGGCUUUGCCUAGCUGAUGGUUUUGACAUGUUCCCUACUUUAUUGGUAACUGACGGUUCUUGUAUGAUAGAUCGGCGUAUGGGAAUUCAUGGCCACCCUCUCGAAAUCCAAGCACUUUUUUAUUCAGCAUUACUUUGUGCACGAGAGAUGCUUGCUCCAGAAGAUGGGUCAGCUGGUCUUCUCCGUGCGCUUAACAAUCGUUUGGUGGCUCUAUCGUUUCAUAUCAGAGAGUAUUAUUGGGUCGAUUUGAGAAAGCUAAAUGAAAUUUAUCGAUACACGACUGAAGAGUAUUCAUACGAUGCAGUCAACAAAUUCAACAUCUACCCUGAUCAAAUUCCUUCUUGGUUGGUGGAAUGGAUCCCCAAUAUAGGAGGUUAUCUACUUGGUAAUCUUCAACCGGCUCACAUGGAUUUCCGGUUCUUUUCUCUAGGAAAUUUGUGGUCCAUAGUAAGUGGUCUUGCUACAAUAGAACAGUCUCAUGCCAUUUUGGAUCUCAUUGAAUCCAAAUGGGAGGAUCUGGUUGCAGACAUGCCAUUCAAGAUUUGUUACCCUGCCCUUGAAGGUCGGGAAUGGCAGAUUAUCACUGGCAGCGAUCCCAAAAACACGCAAUGGUCAUACCAUAAUGCAGGCUCGUGGCCAACAUUGCUGUGGCAGCUCACAGUUGCAUGCAUAAAGAUGGAUAGACCAGAAAUUGCAGCACGAGCCAUUGAGAUCACCGAGCGACGUUUGGCUAGAGAUAAGUGGCCCGAAUAUUACGACACAAAAAAAGGAAGGUUCAUUGGAAAACAAGCACGCCUAUAUCAAACAUGGUCAAUUGCAGGAUACCUCGUGGGCAAGCUUCUGCUCACCGAGCCAAGUAAGGCAAAAAUUUUAAUAACCGAAGAGGACUCGGAUCUCAUCAAUGCCUUCUCCUGCAUGAUCAGUGCCAGCCCGAAACGAAAGCGUGGUCAAAAGAGCUCAAGUCCAAGCUACUUAGUUUAAGUUGUCCGAAUUUAUGCUGUCGAAAUUCAAUACUUGUGUAGGUAAUUGUAGCGUAUUGGUUAUCUACCAUUUGUUGUGCGAGUAGGUUGUGAUUAUGUAACUUGCUCACAGAUAUAGCUAUGUAUGUCAAUUUUGUCCAAUCGAUGUCUUGUAACUGGUGUGAGUUGAGUUCAAACAAAAAUAAUGUAAAUUUAUAUCCCAAGUUCACUCCAUU